CCAACAUACUUCACAAUAUUUUACAAUUUGAGGUAGAGAGAUUCUUAAAAUAAAGAUUUGUGUCCAUUCAUUUAUUAAUCAGAAUUUAGGCGACAUACAUUAAAUUGACUCUUCAAUUCUAUAAUCUCGAUUCUACAAUCUUCGAAUCUAUAUAAUCACGCUCGAACCUCGCUCGAAAUCGCAUGUACAUGGGCAUCGAUGGUCUCUGUCUCUGAACGUCCCGUGAGAAAUCGACGCGUUUGGCAGGGUGCGAGUCGUGAAUUAACCCCGGAUUCACUCGGAUCUCGUAGCAAAGAGAUUCCGUGAAUGGGAUCGCUAUCGAUGGCUCAGUGAGCGCGUCGUUCGAUGAACGUUCAAUGUCAAUCGUAACGGUGAUCGCCUCGUUCUUCACGGACGCGUGAAAAAUUGAAUGGAAGAAAAAAAAUUGAUCUUGAAUAAAUGAAUCUUUUUCCUCGACAGUUUUUAAUUCCUGUCGAUCAGAAGUGAAGUCGGUUUUUCAAGUCGAACGUAGCAAAUGAAGAAGUUUAAAUAUAAUAUUCUUCGUCACAUACGAAUAGAUCAUUCGAAUCAUUUAGAACUUCUAACUUUCCCUGAUUCCUAUUACGCCCGACUCCGCUUCCAUGUAGUAAACUGGCGACGACCGCUUAUCCAGAUUAAUUUCACUUUCGUAUAAUCUAAAAUAGAAGCACGUUCUAACGACGAACGAUCCGUGGUAACGCAUGUACGAAAUCAACGGUUAACGACGUAGGAUCCGUGGACGCUCGACCUAUUUUCCACGAGCUCUUCUUAAGAGAGAGGAGGAACGCUAGGAUCCCUUUUUAAUACCCCCCAGUGUGGGAAGAGCCUCUAGGGAGAGUUUCUUCUUUUCUCUCUGCCCGUUCACCUGCAGCCACGGGUUUACGACGUCGUCCUCGAGCAGCAACCAUUACCUCGGGACAUUGCUUUCGCGAGUAUCGCCGUCCGUCCUCCAAAGUUCACGUUCACGCAAAGAUACGGCUACCAAAAAUAAUUUUUGCGCUGGGAGAGUCGGUACGAAAUGUCGACAGACAUGACGAAAACCUCCUGGGAUCACGCGAACGGUUCCACCACGAUAAUUUUUUCAAGGCGAAGAAGUUGAAGAACAUUUUAACGACUUUUAAAUACAAUGUUUCUGCGUUGAUCGAACGACGUGAAAUCUAGCGAAACUAAUGAAUCGGUCGGUUCGAUGAAAUCUGCUGUGAAAAGCUUGAACUACAUUGACCAGGCACAGAUACCAUUGAGAAAGUUCUCAGAAAGCGUUCGUCGUAAUCCGUUUGAAACCGAUGGUUCCGCAUCGUAGUAUCCACGGUUCGCAAAGUCAAGGACGAGCCGAGAAGUUUGUACGUCCGGCGAACGACCGAUCGAUACGAAACUGACCGAAAAAGACGAACUCCUCGAACAACGAUCAAACAGCGAUAAAUCGGAAGCUCUCGUUUCUCGAUAAAGGGAACACCCGGUAACUUCGGCAACACCUGUUAACAGAGAUUCGGUCGCCCAAGUUCGAUUCCAUCAUUUCGUCGAGUUCUUAUCGGAUGACCUACGCGCCAGUAACAAAUCGAAGAUGCACCGUAUAAAAGAUCGUGACGAUCGACGAUGAGAUCCGUUCCAAUUGUAUGGGAGAGGGAUUUCUAUGAUUUUCUGUUUUACGAUUACUGUGACGUUGCUGCUGAUCACGGGAUAGACAGAAAACAAGCGGUAAUUUCGACAUCGCUGUUUCAACGGGAAGAAUUGGCCGCGAAGGGGGACGAGGGAAAUGCCAUUACCGAAUAAUGGCAUCACCGACGAGAAAGCUGAAAGGUCGUCUCCGGAAAGGACGAGGAACAGAGCCGUGCUGCUCCCAUCGACGACGUCAAACGAUCGUUCGACGGCCGAUCCGUAAGCCGGUCAACGUCAGACAAAUCCUCUAUCGAAUGUUAAACGUCGAUAAACAUAACCAAGAACGAAAGAAGAGGAGUAGAAUUUCUUCCAGAGACGGCAGGUUUCACCUGAAACAUCGACGGGAAUCCUCUUACGACAGCUCGCCGUUCCGCGACAGCUCCCCGUCUGUCCAGGGUUCCGAGUACACGAAAUCCGCGGCGACGUCCGUGGAGUGUCUGCCCAGUUUCAUGAAAGCCAGAGACAGUUCCAGGGCGAGCAGUUCCGAGAACAGCAGCGUGUCGAACAUGUCCGUGGAACCGAUCGCUUUGGCCAAGACUAUGGACAACACCAGAGCCUUGUUGAAGAGGAAAUCUCUGGUCCAAGUCAUCAAUAAUUACAUAAAAGCUGGCAUCGAAGAAGGGAAACGUCGAGCGAAGAAGUACAUCCGCAAGGCGUUGUCCUUCGGUGUGAAGUCCGGCUACCUGAUCCCGGCUGAUCCCCGGGGACAGGUGAUCCGCGUAUCGCCGACGCUGAUCGAUGCGAGGAAGACCGACGCCGAGUCUCGGAGAAAGCGGAGGAGAGCCCGAAGGGGAGAGGACGGAUCCGUCGAGACGAAGACUGAAAAGCGUAAGACGACGCCGCCGUGGAACGCGAAGAAGCAACCGCGGCGCGAGGAAGUACCAAAACCGGAAACCCUACCGCGGAAACGAAGAAAGCUCGAGGAUGUGAAGAGAUCUGGUUCGCCCAAGAAGAAAAGAGUCACCAAGAGGAAGCCCAGAGAUAAAACCGAGGAGAAGCGAACGACGAAGACGAAAAAAAGAAGCGACUUGUUGCCGUCCACGUCGAUGAACGAGAACGUGUCAGCGAAUACGAGCGAGGAGAGUCUGAGGAGGACGAGGCUACAGCAAAACACGCGCGGGUCGACCGAGCGGCGACUGCGAAGGGCCAGGUCGCCUCACCCAAAGAGACGAGAAGCCGAAGAUCAUCGGAGAAUUCGCACGAACUCCAGCGACGAAGAGAAGACCGAUCAGAGGUUCACCAACGUCGGAAUGAACGAGGCAACGUUAUCGAUAGGGCGACGAAAAUCGACGACGAGUCGCGAGAGUUUACGGAAUUCCAAUAACGUGGCGAACCCUGGAAAUUCGAUGAGACAAGUCGAGGAGAAAUUAGAGGCACCGGACGAGAAUGAAGAGAGCAACACGAUCGGGAACAUGACUUGAUUCGUUCUAUAUCAUGUCUUUAUACGAUGCUUGUACGUUUUUGAUGCAUUUAAAAUUGUGAUAAAAAUUAAUGAGAUACAAUAAAGCGAAGUGAUUUUUAUUAAACGACGAAGACAAAAUAGAAUUUAAGCCUGGACUUUUUAUUAGUAAUUGACGUAUACCUUCCGGAAGUAUUUCAUUUCACGUCGUAAACUACUUGAUUGAAUGUAAAGAGUAAAACGAAUUGAAAAGUUCUGAGAACCGUGGCAAUGAGUUUCUAAAUGUCAAGAUGCCGGGUACUGUUGGCUACGCUCUGCACUUUGAACAAUAUCGAUUGAAAUUUCAUCCGACGCAUUGCGUGUUUGUAAAUUGAUAGACAGCGCCUGCUUUACGACGCGCGAAAAGAAAAGCGCGUAGCCGUGCGGCUCGUUUCGUUGUUUUACCGUGACAAGAAAACGGAAAGGACCGACGGAUUCGGCACCACCGGUCGUGCCUCUCUUCUUUUCCAUCAAUGUCCUGGAAAUUCGCAGACAAAAUUUCGCACCACGACCGAACAAAUACCCAAGAGAAGAGGAGGGAGCAGUCGGGCGAGAUCCUUGCGUAGCGACGACGGCCCCGGCGUUCGAUGAUAAACCAGUAAGCAAAAAAAUGGCCCCCAUAAAGAGACGUCCUCAUGCGCGAAGCCAUCCUAAGAUGAGUGAGUGAUCAUCUCGAGAAAGAAUACGAAAAAAGUCGUGUCGCUUCUUAGAAUUUUAUUUAUCUUCAUUCUAAUUGACCGACACCGCGAAAUCGUCGAAACGUAUAAUUUAGUCGUUCACACGUUUAGGCUCCGAGUGUCUCCUCGAUAUAAGAACGGCCAAUCGAAUUCGUUUCCUGAAUAGAAAACCGGAAUACCCUUUUUCGUAAUCUACAUUUAGAAACGGCACGUCUCCCUCGUUAUUCCCGUAUUCCCACGAUCACGUUUCAUUCGAUUUCUUCGGAAAUUCGCGACGUCAAGCUUCAUUCAAUAUUUGCAACAAACGACGUAGUUGCGUUGAAAAUUUCCCUUGCGAAUUCCGAUAACUGUGUACCCUUCGCAACGUUUAAACUUGUCGACUAAUGCAAAAGGAAUGAUCGCCUAUUUGUCCAUUGAAAAAUUCCACGUGAUACGGUCAACCGGUAAAAUUUAUUUUAAUUCCUCUGCGCCUAUAAACAUUUGUUUAUCUGCCGCCUGAAAACGUGUAAAAGUUGAAUUCCUAAGAACUCUGGCAGGCCUUGAACGCAUCCGCAUAACACCUUCUCCAUAGGAAAUUGCGAUCGGGAUUCUCUAACAGUUCUCGAAGGUUGAAACGCUGCAGAAAAUAGUAAAAAAAAAUCGCAUCCCAUAUUCCAUCCUUGAACUUUUCCUCAUCCUCAGGGGAAUACCGACAAACUCCCAGUAAAAUAAUCGACUUAUCCGUUGACUAACCAUUCCCGGACACGUUUUCCCAAAUCGCUUCGUUACCGGUCGUUCAAACCUGCGGACUGACAAUCGUUUCAAAUUCGCGUAUUCCCAGGCGAACUCGCGAAUGCACUCGGUAGAAAAAAAGAAUCUCUGGUCGGGGCAGUAAAGUCUGGU